AUGUGUCAUUGGUGGACUUGUGAUUAUGAAAAGUCUUCUAAAUGGCUGCAGAGCCAAAAAAAAAAAAAACCCAAAAAAAUCAAAAUAACAGCACGCGCUACUCUGGAACUGAGUGGUUAUAAACAUCAAGAGAUAACUGAUGCUGACGCAUCCAACCCCGCUACCAUCACCAGCCCUCUCCAUGUCUUAGAAGAUGUAAGAACAGCAAAGAGUGGCAACGAAUGUUUCAAGUGUGGACACUCUGGCCAUUGGGUUCGAGAAAGCCCUACUGGAGGAGGCUAUUUCUGAGGAAUAUGGAGCCAUGGAGGAGGUGAUUUUACCUCAGUGAGAGGUUUCCAGUUUGUUUCUUCAUCUCUUUCAGACAUCUGUUACUGUUGUGAUGAGUCUGGUCAUCUUGCCAAGGAUUGUUAUCUUCAGGAGGAUGCCUGCUAUAACUUCUGUAGAGGUGGCCACAUUGCCAAGGACUGCAAGGAACCGAAGCGAGAAAGAGAGCAGUGCUGCUACAACUGUGGAAAAUCCAGCCACUUGGCUCACGACUGUGACCACGCAGAUGAGCAGAAGAACUGUUCAUGUGGAGAGUUUGGGAACAUUCAGAAAGACUGCACCAAAGUGAAAUGCUAUAGGUGUGGUGAAACUGUUCAUGUAGCCAGCAAGACAAGUGAAGUCAACUAUUACCGCUGUGGCGAGUCAGGGCAUCUUGCACGGGAAUGCACAAUUGAGGCUACAGCUUAAUUAUUUUCCUUUGUUACCCCUCCUUUUUCUGAUUUAUGGUUGUAUUAUUUUCUCUGAAUCCUCUUCACUGGCGAAAGGUUGGCAGAUAAAGGCUACUCCCAGGCCAGUGAGCUUUACUUGCCAUGUAAAAGGAGGAAAGGAGUGGAAAAAUCGACUUUCUGCAUUUAACUACAAAUAAAUGUUUAUAUUUAGUCUGGUAGAGGUAUUAUG